AAAAUUCUAAAUCGAGAGGGCGAAAUAUUCCAAUAAUUUUCACAAAAAACAAACACGUCACAAUUUUCACGUUGGAUGGGAUCGCUCCAUCGGUGCCGACGGCCAACCUCAUUUACGCCCAAACCCACAAAAAAAUUAAAGGAAAAAAGAAAUUUGGGGGGUCGUGAUUGACUAUGCCCUUAAGUAGGCCCCACAGACUCGGACGCCAAACGCACAUUCAAAUUCAGUUAAUCACGCCCGAUUCAGAAAUUCCAGAAAAGGAAAAAAAAAUGGAUGACAAAAUAGAAAAGUGAAUACCAAGAAUACGAGGCAGCAGAUGAGCAGACACGUCAAAGGAAAGCAAUAUACAAUUGCCGAGACGCCCGUGAUUUGGCCCCCUUGUUUCCCCCACGUCACCAUCAUCACCCCCCACAUUUCACCCCCUAUAAAUUCCCUCACCUCCCUUUUACUCUCUCAUCGCAGCACGCUUUUGUUUCUCUCUCUACAACAGUUUUGGGGAUUCCUUUUUGUUUUGAAUCGAUGGAGGAUUUGAAGGCGAAGAAGAGGGGGCGGGACGACUUGGAGGAGGCGGAGCUGGAGAUGUACUCGCCGGAGGUGAAGCGGCUCCGGGAGAAUCUUCUGGAUAGUUUCGACGACGAGGCCGAGUUCUGCUGCACCGUGACUCAGGAUCUGGACUCUUUCAUGAAGAGCUUCGAGGAGGAAAUCAUCGCUUCCCCUUCCGCCGGCGGGGAGGCGGUCCAAUUCGUGGAUCUCACGUCGGAUUCCGGCGAAUCGCGGCCGGAUCUGGGGUACUUGCUGGAGGCUUCCGACGAUGAGCUCGGGCUUCCGCCCUCCUCUUCUUCCGGGGGAUUGGAGGGUGAGCCGGUGACUGAGUUGGUCCGAGUUGAGUCCCACUCGUCUGAACUCGGGAGCGAGUUCUGGGAAGCGCCGGGUUAUGACUCGUUCGAGUUCGGACUCGGGGAGUCGGAGUCGAACUAUAGCUGUGGCAACGGUGGUGAAUACGUGGCGCUAGACGGGUUGUUUGAUUACUCGGAUUUGGGUUUCGGGUCGGGUGAUUUCGGAUGGAGACCCGAAACUCUGCCGGCCCAAUAGUACCCUAUGAUGUUAGUCUCAAAUUUAGGCGGAAAAAAUACUGUUGAUAUCUCUUUAUUUUUUUAAUACUAUAUUGAAAAAUUUGUUAAUUAGGAGAUCAAAACAAUUUGGUUGGACUGAAUAAACGAAUUUGGCGUUAAUACUUAAUAAA